GCAAGACAAUGUGAAAUCUUAUGUAAACUUCUGAUCAUAGAACAACAACCUCGUGUUUUUUAUCGCAAUCGAGGAAUACCUUGGGUGUGGGAAUAACAUUGGAAAGCGGUGUUUUUAGCGAAAAAAGCGCUGGAAAAAGUCAACCUAUCGCAAUGUCGAUUGAAGUCGAUAUAGAUAAACGUAAUCGGAAUAAUAACAAGUGGCAUAGAUACUGAGGGAAGCCGAAUAUUUGAUAAGACUCUCUCAUAAAACCGGCGCUGGAUCUUAUCAGUACUGAAAGUGUUCCUCAGCUCGUCGGUAGCAAAAAGAUGUCUGUUCCGACAUGGUUGGAUCGGGACUUCUUCGCGGGCGCUCUCAGCGCCUACGAAAAGGACGCGGAUCUGAAAGUGGCGGACGUUGAAGUGAAAAGUAUUCAGGACUCCAGUGAACCGACAACAAGUGCCAUCUUCGCCGCCAAAGUCCGCUACACCUUAUCAACCAGCACUGAAGAAUGUGUCGUGAGGUUGAUCGUCAAGACACCGAUUGCUUUCGACAACUCUGGAAGCAGUCCUGAUUCUCUCUUUGACACUGAGAUCGAAAUGUACACCAAAACGCUGCCCGCCAUUGGAAAGUUUCUCCUCUGCUCGCUGGACGAGCGAGUCUUUUUCCCCAAUUUGAUUUAUCACGCCAAAAGCCCGAACUACGUUCUGGUCUUCGAUGACAUCACCGAUAAGGGCUUCGCGAAGGAAACCAAGCAACUCAACUAUGAAAACUCCAAGCUCGUCUUCGCCAAACUGGCCAAAUUGCACGCCUGUUCGAUGCUUCUGGAGCAGAAGACCAACGAGGUGUCUGACUACAAGCAAGGCCUUUUCCGUGUUCGUCCUGACGGUGUUGAACACAUGCUGAACUCCAUCAGCAAGCUCAUCGAUGAAAUCUCCACCUGGUCUGGCCAUGAAGUCUACGUGGAGAAGUUCAAGAGCAUCCACAAGAAUUUCCAUCGGAAAAUCCGGCGCUUGUACAGCGUCAAUCCGCCCACGCACGGUUAUAAUGUCCUGAAUCACGGCGACUUUCACUUCAGGAACAUGAUGUUCAAGACGGAUAGGCUGGGAAGUGCCUAUGAUUUCAUGCUUGUCGAUUACCAAGUGUGCAUCUGGGGCUCUCCCGCCCUCGAUGUUAUCUAUGCGCUCUACAUGGUGGCUUCCAAGGACACCCUGGAGCAGCAUCGUGAGGACCUGCUCUCGCACUACUACAGCGAGUUCGUGGAGGCACACAGAGUGCUCGGAAUCCGCGAGAAACCACCUUCCAGACUGGAUUUCAACACCGAACUCGUCCGUCACGGGAUUUUAGAAAUGAUAAUCGCGGUGUGCUUUAUGCCUUACGUUCAUGUGGAUUUCUCCAAGAUCAGUAUGGAUGAACUGAUGGCCAAUGGAGAGGCAUCGGAAGACGCCCGGAAGAAAAUCUACGGACAUCCGGAUUACAAGAAAGCCAUCCAGUUGCUACUGCCCGAUUACUUGGCAAAGGGUUUUCUUGAUUAAUUCAUAAUUAAUUUAUCCCAAAGAGAUGCUUAGCAAAAAGGGCCGGAUUUGUGCAAAUACAGCAGGUUGAUUCUUACCAAAUUCCAGUGGAAUGUACAGAAUAAACACCAAAUUGUUCGAGAGUAUGUUAAUAAGAAAUAUUAUUCAAUAAAUACUUGAGAAAAACAC